UACAAACAUAAAACAUGACACCUGUCCCAAAACUGUCAUUUAUAAAAAAUACCCUUGCCCUCAGAAUACAGUUUAACUAUUUAGUAAACGCUGUGGGGAUUUCUAAAUCUGCUUUUGUAUUUUUACAGUUUUCAGUGUGGUUUAUUGUGUUAACUCGGGUACCCAACAGCUUAUUUAAAAAAUAAAGAUUUUGGUUACAGGAAAGAUUCAUCCACACAAGAAACAUCACCAAUAUAAAUAUACAGUAGCCACUCUUAGAGCUAUUGUAACAAGCUGGACUUUUGACUGAAAACCUUCGGCUACUGACAUAUAACCCUUGUGACAACUUUCCCAUGUGACAACAAGCUCUGUUUUUUUUAAUGCCUAACAUGUCAAAGUCUUUUAACGCUUUAAAGUCACCAAUAAAUGUUAUAUUAUCUAAUUAUAGCUAUUAUACAAAACAACUUCUUUUUCAACUUCUGUAUUGUUUUGGAUUAAUCAAAUUCAUUAGCAAUGUUGUCAUCUGAUAGCCUAAAGUCCUGGAUGUAGGUGUGUAGAUUUCCUCCAAUAAAAAGUCUAUUGACAGCACUAGUCAUGCAGUGCGCACACAUACAGAGAGGAGAGGAGCAGGUUAAUAUAUCACUGACUGAGUGCAAGGAUUUAAAGGGUUGUGUCUUGGUCAGAUAUUUACUUUGCAGUACAUCAAGACGGGUCUUGGCUAGUGAAGACAACUAAACUAAAUUUGAAGAUGUCAAAUACAAACAACACAAUCACUUUCCCUGAGCUCAUCAGACUCAAACGUGAUGGUGGUCAACUCACUGAAGAAGAGAUACAUGCCUUUGUCCAAGGGGUCAAAUCGAGAGCUAUAAAAGAUAGUCAAAUAGGGGCUAUGCUCAUGGCCAUUUGGUUAAAGGGCAUGUCUGAAAAAGAGACCCUACAAUUAACAAAAGAGAUGAUGAAGUCUGGGGAAGUGUUUGACUGGUCGGAUGAAUGGGUUGUGGUGGACAAACACUCAACAGGUGGAGUUGGAGACAAAGUGAGCCUGCCACUUGCACCUGCUUUGGCUGCGUGUGGCUGUAAGGUGCCCAUGAUAAGUGGUAGAGGAUUAGCACAUACAGGUGGAACACUGGAUAAGCUGGAGUCUAUCCCUGGCUUUAAAGUCAACCAGUCGGUGCAACAGGUAAAGCAGAUCUUACUGGACAUCGGCUGUUGCAUUGUAGGACAGACAGAGACAUUGGUGCCUGCAGACCGGGUUCUCUAUGCCCUCAGAGAUGCCACAUCAACUGUAGACAGUCUUCCUCUCAUCACAGGCUCCAUCAUUUCUAAGAAAGGAGCAGAAGGUCUGAAUGCACUUGUAUUGGAUGUAAAGUUUGGCAGGGCUGCUUUGUAUAAAGAUUUGGACAGUGCACGCCAUCUUGCCCAGUCACUGGUAACUGCAGGCAACAACCUGGGUAUAACAACAGGGGCGAUACUUAGCCGAAUGAACGCUCCGAUUGGUCGAUGUGUGGGAAAUGCAGUUGAGGUGUGUGAAGCCCUCGAGUGUCUUAAAGGACGGGGGCCAGAUGACCUAAAUGAACUAGUUUUAACUUUAGGUGGGUACUUAUUGUGGAUAAGUGGCCACUCUCCAACAUUAGAGAAUGGGAAAAAUAUGAUUCUCCAAAAACUAAUGAACAGAGAAGCCCUGAAAAAGUUCCAGGCUAUGUUGGUGGCCCAGGGUGUGACUGAAGAUGCUGCCCAUUCCCUGUGCGCAGAUGACACAGACUACUUUAAGCACAUGAAGAGAGCAGCACAUCAAACAGAGCUUAAAGCACAACAUGAUGGAACGGUUUUAGAGAUUGAUGGCAUGGCAGUGGCCAAGGUGCUGCACAAGUUAGGGGCGGGACGUAAUGAACCUGGUGAGAAAAUCGAUCACAGUGUGGGAGCGGAGAUUUUGGUAGACAUGGGACAGCAGGUAACUAAAGGUCAAUCCUGGAUCAGGAUUCAUCACAAUAGCCCAGAACUGUAUAUACACCAACAUUUUGACCUUCAGAAAGCUUUGGUUUUUGGCAGCAGUGACGAAUUCAAGACAGAGUCACGUGUAGCGGAAUUUAUCCAUCCCAGAUAAUACCAAAAUACAAAAACAAAAAAUUAUUUCAGAAGGUUUAAGUGUACAAAAGCAUGGUACUGUAUAUGUAAAGUACCAGGAUGUUAAAUUGAUACCAAGUAGGACUUGGCAUGGCAAGCCAGGCACUACAAACUAAAGAUUAUUGAACUUUGAGAACUUCGAAAGCCAUCUGGGAAAUCUUUAAACGUGUUUGCUUACCAGUGGCCUCUAAAAUAUUACUGUAGCCCAGGGCUGCUCAAUAUCCACCUGCCUUCAAAGUUCAGUCAAAACUUUAAUGAUACUCACCUGAAGCAACUAAACAAAACUUUAGGGUUAAACUGGGAAUUACAGCGGUGCUGAAAUUGAAUUUUGCAGGAAGGUGGAUCAUCUGAAGAAUGCGCACAAAAACAAUGAAAUCCUCAGUUAAGAAACUUUGUAUAAAUGUUUAUGUUAGUAUCCAAAUAUUUAUAUGUGCAAAUAAAUUGUAUCUUUGUAUUUCUACUGCAUCAAGAUGCUUUCAGCCUGGGCAGUUACAUUGAGAUGUGAUGUACUGAAAUUAUGAGAUAAUUAAUAAAUUCACCAGCUUAGUUUAUACUCAAAUAUUUUUUUUCUUUAAAACACAUUACUUUCUUUGUAUUUGUUGAAUAAAUGAAAUUAUUCCGAU